UAUGCACCAGCAACUGCACAAUGGCAGAAAUCAAUUUUUGACGACGCGCAAUGAUGCUUUUCACGAUCGGAAGGCUAACAUUGCCUGAGCUCAGUCUCUUGGUCGCGACUGUCGUCGGCGUCUUCUUGUGGCUCGCUGCACGGCGCAGCCCGUAUGGCCAUCUUUUCGGCCCACCGCCCACAAGCUGGUUGUUUGGUUCUGGACGAGAAGCGAUGGACUUUUCGAUCUGGUCGCAAGAUGGCGGGUUUGGCGAACCCGGACUUAUGUGGCUCAAGCGAUACGGAAGCGUGUACUACUACCGCGUGCUCCACAUGCACCGAAUUGUUGUCGCCGACCCUGUUGCCAUCAAGCACGUCAUGGUCACGCAUGGAAGAAAUUACCCGAGGGCGCCAAUCACACGCAUCAUAUCAAAGAAACUUGCAGGCGGAGAGAGCCUCCUCUCGACCGAAGGGCGCAGCCACACGGCUCUACGCAAGCUCUUCAAUCCCCACUUUGGCCAAGCCAGCGUCAAGACGAUGCUUGGCAUCUUCCAGCACCACACUAACGUCUUUAUGGAGCAGCUCACGGCGAAGGAACCCGUGGAUCUACAGAAUCUGUUUACAAAAAUGACGCUGGACGUGAUUGGCGUCGCAGCAUUUGGCUUCGAUUUCCAGUCGCUCCUCGACAAGAAUGCCCGCGAGAUCCAAGCGUACAACGAUAUUCACCUCACGCCGAGCUUCUUCGGUAUCAUCGGUUUCGUCUUUCUGCCGUUUUACGAGUACCUGCCAUUGGCGUCCAACCGUCAUCGUGCGGAAGCGCAGGCGGUGCUUCAAGGCGUCAUCGAUCGAGUGUUGCAGCAAAAAGUUGCUGCUCUGAAUUCGGCCAAGGCUCGCGAUGCUCCCAAGGACAUACUGGACCUCAUCCUCGAGCAGGCAUCAGACAUGUCGAUGGCCGACAUCCGCGCCAUGCUGCUCAUGUUCAUGAUCGCUGGCCACGAGACGACUGACAACACGCUGGGCUGGAUCGUCUCGUUCGUGGCGCAGCACCCAGAAGUGGCUGCCAACGUCCACGAAGAGUGCUCGCGCAUGCGCGGCGAUGGCAACAACACGGUGCCAACGUGGGACGAUCUCAGCAAGCUCCCUUACCUCUCGGCCGUCAUUCACGAGUCCAUGCGCUUGCGUCCGACUGUGCCGGAGUUGCCAUCCCGCCUUGCCCUUGAAGCCGACAUGGUUCCACUGACCGACGGCUCGCACCUGGCGGUUCCCAAGGGGGCUAACAUCUUUCUCGACAUCAUCGCUAUUCAGCGUAACCCGACGUACUGGAGCCGGCCCAACGAGUUCCUUCCAGAGCGCUUCAUUGAAGGCACCAAUACAUACGAAGCCGACUUGGCGCUCCGGGGCGGCAAGCCCAACACGUUUUGCUACUUUCCGUUCGGCCUGGGCGACAAGCGCUGCAUCGGAAAUCGAUUUUCAAUGACCGAGAUGCUUGUCGUGCUCUCAGCCUUCUUCGCGAAAUACCGCGUGGCGCUGACGUCGGCCGCCGACGUGAACGUGCGCAAGCACACGGGGACAAUUGCGCCCGUUCACCUCGAGGUCCACCUCGCAUCGAUCGCCACCAAAUAAAUGACGAGCAACAAUAUAUUGAACCACA